AAAAAAUAUGAAGAGAGAACACGACCUCUUCAUCAACCUACUCUUCCUUGUUGUCGUCUUAUUGAUGCAAGUUGGAGAGGGACAAAAUACAGCAACAGACGUUAAAGUGGGAAUCGUGGACGAUGUAGGAAUGGCAUAUUCCAACAUGACCUUGUUCUGUAUCAACAUGUCUCUUUCUGAUUUCUACUCUUCCCAUCCAGAAACCCGGACAAGGCUUGUGACCACCAUUGUUGACUCCAAAAAGGAUGUUGUUAUCGCAGCAGCAGCAGGUACACGCAUCAGUUCAGAUGUACAAUUCUUGUCUGCAUUUAUACUGUCUCUUCCGAGUUUUUUUUUUCGCAUAACAAAACACUCCUUAGCAUUAAUUGCGUUUCUCGCAGCUCUUGAUUUGAUAACAAACCAGAACGUGAAAGCGAUUAUAGGACCAUGGACAUCCAUGCAGGCGCAAUUCAUGAUUGAGAUAGGACAAAAAUCUCAGGUUCCAAUUGUUUCAUAUUCUGCAACAAGUCCCUUCCUAGCUUCCAUCCGUAGUCAAUACUUCUUUCGAGCUACGUAUGAUGAUUCAUCUCAAGUACACGCCAUUAAAGCAAUCAUCAAACUUUUUGGGUGGAGAGAGGUCGUACCUGUAUACGUUGACAACACCUUCGGAGAAGGUAUAAUGCCUCAUCUUACCGAUGCUUUACAAGAGAUUAACGUUCGUAUACCUUAUAGGACCGUGAUCUCUCCCAAUGCCACGGAUGAUGAAAUCUCCCUGGAACUUCUACGGAUGAUGACUCUACCCACUAGAGUAUUUGUUGUCCACAUUGUUGAACUGCUUGCCUCAAGAUUUUUUGCCAAAGCUAAGGAAAUUGGUUUGAUGAAGCAAGGAUACGUCUGGAUCCUCACCAACGCCAUUACCGAUGGUCUUAGUCUCAUGAACGAGACAGAACUUGAUACAAUGCAAGGGGUCUUGGGUGUUAAGACUUAUGUACCCAGAUCGGAAGAGCUUGAAGCAUUUAAAUCUCGAUGGAAGAAUAGAUUCCCACUCUCUGACCUGAGCGUGUAUGGACUGUGGGCUUAUGAUGCCACUACUGCACUGGCACUGGCCAUCGAAGAAGCUGGUACAUCAAAUUUUACUUUUGUCAAGACAGAUGCCAUGAGGAAAAUGUCUGGCUUUCAAGGUCUAGGUGUGUCUCAGUAUGGUCCAAAACUUCUCCAGACACUCUCUGGAGUUCGGUUCAAAGGUCUUGCUGGUGAUUUCCGAUUUAUCAACCGAGAACUGCAGCCGUCAGUGUUUGAGAUUGUUAACGUGAAUGGGCAUGGAGGAAGGACCAUAGGAUACUGGAUGAAAGAACAUGGUCUCUUGAAGAACGUAGACCAAACACAAGCUACCAUGACCACUUUCUCUACUUGGAAAGAUCUACUUAGACCAGUUAUAUGGCCUGGAGACACCACCUUUGUACCCAAAGGUUGGGAGAUCCCAACAAAUGGGAAAAGGCUGAAGAUUGGAGUCCCAACUAAUAGCGGUUCCCCGCAGUUUGUGAAGGUUACAAGGGAUCCUAUCACCAAUUCAACAACAUUCAGUGGAUUCUGCAUCGAGUACUUUGAGGCUGUUAUUCAAGCGAUGCCCUAUGAUGUGUCCUAUGACUUCUAUCCUAUAGAAGAUAUGGAUUACGAGACUUUGGUCUACCAAGUGUACCUCGGGGUAAAGCAUUACCAACAAUUUUCCUCUUGUAUGUCAUUUCUAACCUCCACUAAGCUGGAUUCUCUUAACGAUAGCCUUGUUCUUUUGUGUUUGGAGCAGAAAUAUGAUGCUGUGGUCGGAGAUACAACAAUAUCGGCAAACAGGUCAAAGUAUGUUGAGUUUUCAUUGCCGUACACACCAUCAGGUGUGGGUCUGGUCGUUCCUGUUAAAGACAAUGUCAAAAGAAGCAGUACCAUAUUUUUGAUGCCUUUGACAUGGGGACUAUGGCUACUCAGUCUUUUGUCCUUUUUCAUAAUUGCCAUUGUCGUAUGGGUUCUUGAACAUAGGGUAAAUCCAGAGUUUGAUGGGCCUGGAAAUUAUCAGAUCAGCACUAUACUCUGGUUUUCUUUCUCCAUUAUGGUCUUUGCACCGAGUAUGUCCACUCUCUCCUUCACACUUCUAUGCCAAUUCUCAUUUUUCACAUACUUAAGUACUGCAUAUAUAUUUCCAAACAUCUUGUUGCUUACAUCUAAUGCAUCUACAGGAGAAAGAGUGCUUAGCUUCUGGGCGAGGUUCGUGGUUAUCGUUUGGUACUUCUUAGUACUUGUGUUGACUCAGAGUUACACCGCUAGUUUGGCAUCACUUCUAACAUCACAACAGCUUCAUCCAACUGUAACCAACAUAAAUAGUUUGCUAGAAAAAGGAGAAGUUGUGGGAUAUCAAAGCAGUUCCUUCGUUUUGGAAAGACUCAGAGAAUCAGGUUUCUCAGAUGCUAAGCUCGUAAACUAUCACGGAGCAGAACACUGUGACGAGCUACUGAGCAUAGGAUCAGCAAGAGGCGGUAUUUCUGCAGCUCUCAUGGAAGUGCCAUAUGUGAGAGUCUUUCUCGGGCAGUAUUGUAACAAGUAUAAAAUGGUUCAAACACCAUUCAAGGUCGAUGGAUUAGGCUUCGUCUUUCCCAUUGGAUCCCCUCUAGUGGCUGAUGUUUCAAGGGCCAUUCUAAAAGUGGAAGAGUCGAACAAGGCAAACCAACUGGAGAACGCAUGGUUCAAGAAAAUAGAUGAAAGUUGCUCAGAUCCACUCACCGGCCCCGACCCAAAUCCAUCUGUAUCCUUCCGGAAACUUGGCAUCGAUAGUUUUUGGGUUUUGUUCCUCACUGCUGCCGUAGUCUGUGCUUUUGCAUUGGUGAAAUGUAUGUUCCAUUUCUUGAAGGAAAACCCAGAUCAAAGAAACCUGCAAGGAUUGUGGGAAAAGUUCCUUCAGCCAGACAGAAAUUCAUACAUUAACCAAGUGACGAAGAAAUGUCAAUGCUCCAUGAAUAACCAUGCAGAAGCAAACCCAGCAAACAAUGGCAGCCAAAGUUAGCACAUUUUCAUUUACCUUUCCUGCGAGAUUCGUAUCAUGUUGAAGUAAUAAACACAGACAUUUCCUAGGAUCAUGAUGAUCCUUGUCCAUUAUGAUAUACAGUAAAAGGCUUUAAAAUAUGCCCCCGUUAUGAAAAUGCUCUUUUGCUUGCUACUUUCUCUUC